CAGCGAAGGGUCCAGGCCGGCGCCCGGAGCCGGCGGCGGGGCCGGGGCGGGCCCUGAGGGGAGACGGCCCCGAGACGGCCCCCAACCGGCCGGGUGAGGUCGGGGAGACGCGGCUGUGCGAGUAUUCUCUGACUGAGGUUGCCUGGGUUUAAGACRGCUAAAGCUUCACUAGAUCUGACUAGAAUGGACAGUUACUUUAGAGCUGCGGUCUGUGACUUGGACAAACUGCUCGAUGAAUUUGAGCAGAAUACAGAUGAAUGUGAGUGCUUCAGAACACUUCAGAAUCCAUAUGACUCAAAGCUGUCUUCAGUCCUGGAUUGCUUUGAGCAUGCACACCCCACACCAAACCUGCCAGAGGAUCCUGCCAGAUGUCCUGCCUCAGAGGAGAGCUCUCUCGUCGCCCCUGUGGGCACAAGUGAUGUGCUCAGUUACUCACCUCCCAAAGAGAAGGGUGUUGCUGGACCUGACCUUUUGUCCACUGUGGAUAGUGGUCCCCUAAAGGAAAUUCAGGCUGCAAACCUGGGAAGGUGUAGCAUUCCUGUGUGUGAUCUUGUUAGUGACACAGCGAAUUUAAUCCACUCAGUGGCUGCUCAUGAAGGGACUCAGAAAUUGCAGCCAGAUGAUUUCCAGUACAGUGAGAGGCCCGAUGGCUGUGGCUUAUCUUGUAUCCCUGUUCCUAUUUGUGUGYCAUCACCUGGCUGCAGUGCUGCUGYCAGUACAAAGCAGAGUGAUGGGGAUUCGGUGUUACAAGAUUCAGGGCAUCUUAAAACAGAGSAGAUUAAUAGUUUCACUUCAARAUCAGAGAGUKRUGCUGCAGGAGCAAUCCYGGAUCCGUGUGAUCAUCAACACAGRACAGAAUCUGUAAAGUGCAAUGAAGUACCUGACCAGACUGAACAAAUUGCUGCCCUGGAUACUGAAUGUGUCACUGUAACAUCACAGAAUUUGAAUGCAUACGAUCCCAAAGACGAGAAAACCUGUGAAAAACUCCCUUGUGAAACACAGGAUGACAGUGCAUGCUCUGCAGUAAGCACAGAGGUGUACGGAGGAAAUGUCACAGGAAAGGUAGACCCAAAUGAGGGGAGUAAUGUUGACUCCAUGCCUUCAGAUAUUCCAAAGAGGCAUCAGAUGCACGAGAGCAAUUCAACAUUACCUGAAAAUUGUGCUUUACCARGCUCCUCGUGUCAAACAGGAGCUGAAGUAGAACUGGAGGAGAAAAUCACAGAAGAGAAUGUAGUUAGUGAAGAGUUUAAUAGCAGUGAGAUACUGAGCAGUGUUUCUAGUUCGUGUAUUUCAGCUGAGGAUGUCCAGAGCUCUCUGUCCUGUCUUUCCCUUCCUGUGUCUAUGUGYGGUUCAUUGGUUGUAACAGAAGAAACGAUUAAUCCUCUACCUCAAAAUGCAGUGACAGAGGUUGUUAGUGAUACUGUAACUGUUCAUGCUGGAGAGUGUAAAACUCAUCUCUCUGGUAGGGAAUCUUGUGAAAAUACCAACUGGCAUGAAGAGGAAGAAUAUUUGGCUGAAAUCARUGGAAGUAUUGCAGAAAAAAGUAGGGAUGGAGAGAAGUACAAUACUGAGAAUGUAACUGAUGAUGGUGAUUCUCAGCAAGUCAAAACUUUUGCUUCUGCUUUUCUAGACCUUGAGGCUGARCCAUAUGGUAUUGGUGUAGACACUUUUUAUGAUGAGAGCAUGGGCUCUGUUAUGGCUGACUUUAUUGAUGAGGAGAAUGUUAUUAAAAGUGAUGCUCUAAUAAGCGAUGCUGAGCUUGAUGAUUUCUUGUAUGGACAAAAUCUGCAGUCCAAUGUGUUGAAGUCUUCAGGCAAUGACAGUAACUUGAUGGAAGCUGAUGCAGAUGGAGGGAAUUUAACAGAUCUGAGCAACCUGGAUUUCACAGAAGUCAGUGAAAAACUUGUGCAAACAAAACURGAGGAGAUAACGAGCAUUAAUAGUACCUUUAAAGCGUCUCUUGCUGCCAGUGAACUGGAAGCUGCAGCAGAAGUCAGCAUGUCUCGUGGUCAGGGUGUGACUGAGAAUGGUGACAGAGCUCUGCCUUCCGAUGUUUGUGCUGAAGGUGCAAGACCAAAGYGGUUGCUUGACCUUUCCCAGGGAGCUGCUGAUCAGAAACAACUGAACAGAAUAAAUGAAAGAGAAAACCAGGAGUCUGGUUCUCUUAACCCAGAGACUCCCCUCUCUGACACCACUGUAACUGCUGGUAAUAAUUCUGAGCCUGAGGCUGGAGGAAAUCAAACAGCUGAAAAYGCUGAAUCCCGUAAAACACCUUCAUCUCUGUCAUGGAAACAGCCCUUGUGGGUCCCGGAUUCAGAGGCACCCAACUGCAUGAACUGCCAGGCCAAGUUCACCUUCACAAAGAGGCGACACCACUGCCGAGCCUGUGGGAAGGUUUUUUGUGGUAGCUGUUGCAAACGAAAAUGCAARCUGCAAUACAUGGAGAAGGAAGCAAGAGUCUGCACUGGCUGUUAUGAUGAUAUUAAUAAAGCACAGGCAUUUGAAAGGAUGAUGAGUCCAACUGGUCCUGUCCCCAAUUCCUCUGAACAUUCCUCUGCUGUUGCACCUGUAGAGGAAGCCCAGAUACCUGGCAGUGCCAGCUCUCCUUCACCUUCUGCAUUGUUGCCUACUUCAGCUCUUAAACAACCUGGUCCUGAAGGGCUGUGCCCCAGAGAACAGAGGAGGGUUUGGUUUGCAGAUGGUAUUUUGCCAAAUGGUGAAGUGGCAGACACAGCAAAACUGUCCUCUGGAGCAAAGAGGUCGCAGGACUCCAGCCCAGUAAACCCRGACUUGCCAGAGACACACACGGCAGCUAACACAGAGGAAGAUGACACGAUAACUGAUGUAAAUCCAAAACUGAAGGAAGAAAUCGACAAGAUUACAAAAACAGAGGAAUUGCAUCCUUCUGUUCCUUCAGAUGAURCGCAGCAGACCACUCCAGGCCACAGUGAGGUGGCACCUAGUUACAAAUCUGACACUUUAGGAACUGGAGAAUGUCCUCCUGCAGAAGCUGAGAAGAACAGUCCCAGUUCAGUGGCUCAGGCUGCAUGGGAUGUGCCUGUUAGUGCUUCAAGUUACAGAGCUCUGUGUGGGGURGAAAACUGCGUGCGGCGAGACAUCAGCCUUGUUCCUGAUGGGGAUCGGCUGCCACCRCUUCUGCUUGCACUUGGUGAAAAAGGGAAAGAUAUGCUGGUGGAGGAACACCCAUCACACCAAAAGGUCGCCUUGCUGCUUGGGGAAGGAGGUCCUAAUCCAUUGACUUUUAUUCUAAAUGCAAACUUGCUUGUSAAUGUUAAGUUAAUAACAUAUUCCUCAGAAAAGUGCUGGUGCUUCUCAACAAACGGACUGCAUGGUUUGGGUCAGGCAGAAAUUGUCAUUCUGUUGCAGCGUUUGCCAGAUGAAGAUGUUUUCCCUAGUGAAAUACUCAAAUUAUUUCUUGACAUCUAUAAAGAUGCAAUGAAAGGAAGGUUCAUAAAAAAUAUGGAAAACAUUACUUUUACAGAAAGCUUUCUCAGCAGCAAAGAGCAUGGAGGRUUCCUGUUUGUUUCACCAACUUUUCAGAAACUUGAUGAUCUGAUUCUACCAGAUGAACCUUUUCUUUGUGGGAUUCUUAUCCAUAAGCUGGAAAUACCYUGGGCAAAAGUGUUUCCAAUCCGUUUAAUGUUGAGACUGGGAGCAGAAUAUGGGGUCUAUCCAACCCCUGUGAUAAGUGUCAGGCAUCGGAAGCCACUCUUYGGAGAGAUUGGACACACAAUUAUGAAUCUACUUGUUGACCUUAGAAAUUACCAAUAUACUUUGCCUACCAUAGAGAACCUGUUUGUCCAUGUGGAAAUGGGUAGAAGCUGUAUUAAAAUACCUCUAAGGAAGUAUAACGAGGUGAUGAGGGUGAUCAGUUCUUCUAAUGAACAUGUAAUUAGCAUGGGAGCAAGUUUUAAUACGGAAGCAGACUCUCACUUGGUGUGUGUGCAGAACAAGCAUGGCCUCUAUCACACCCAGGCAAUCAGUUCUACAGGAGAUCCCAGGAAAGUUACAGGUGCAAGUUUUGUGGUGUUUAAUGGAGCCCUAAAAGCAUCUUCGGGAUUUUUAGCUAAGUCCAGUAUAGUUGAAGAUGGACUAAUGGUUCAAAUAACACGGGAAACAAUGGAGGACCUUCGUCAGGCAUUAAGAGACAAGAAGGAUUUCAAAAUAACCUGUGGAAAAAUGGAUGCAGGGGAUGCAAAAGAAUACGUAGAUAUUUGCUGGGUAGAAAAUGAAGAGAAAACAAGCAAAGGAAUUUUAAGCCAAGUUGAUGGAAAAUCAAUGGAAGGAGCUCAGAGUGAAAAAGCGCCACCAUGGAGAGACUUCGAAAGGGAUGGAAAAGUUAUAAAGUGCACCGAAGUUAACUAUUUUGUAAAGGAUCAUGAACUACCCAGUGCUGUUCCUCACCAGUUUGCUAAAGAGAUUGCYGUUGCCUGCAGCACUGCUCUUUGCCCUCACCUUAAAACCUUGAAAAAUAAUGGGAUGAAUAAGAUAGGACUCAGAGUUUCCAUUGACUCAGACAUGGUUGAAUACUUGGCUGAGUCUGGAGGGCACCUUCUUCCACAGAACUAUAUGAACGACUUGGACAGUGCUCUGAUUCCUGUGAUUCACGGUGGAAUGUCAGAUCCUACAGCUCUACCAUUGAAAAUGGAAUUAAUAUUUUUCAUUMUAGAACGCCUGUUUUGAUGAGGCUGAUUACAGGCGCAUACUGAUUUGCUAGAUCUGAACACCAAAGUUAAAAUGCUACAAACACUAAAAAUGUUAAAGUUUCUAAACCUGUUACGUUUUAAUAGCUUUUCAAACCGUUUUUUCAAAGCCCCUCAGAUCCUCUGGUUACUCUGCCACAAAAGAGUUGUAGUUUGUGUCAUGAAGUUCUGAAAGUUUACACUUAAUACAGGUGCAGAAGAGGGCAGGUUUUUGUUACUCUUUAAACAGCUGCAGCAUUUCCUCGGUGUAGUGUAACUCCAAGCCACAGGAUCUUGCCUCUUACCCUCAGAUUAGUGUGUUACUGAAGUUGCUCUGUGUGAUCUCUGCAUGUGCUUUCCUGUGCAAGAGCUGAUGGCUGAAGCCAGAACUCUUUCCUUGCCACUGGAGGUUCAAAUUCCUCCUGUAGGACCUGCCUCUAGCACCAGUGUGUGGGUGAAGGCUUCAUGGCUGAGGUCCUUAACUUGGGGAUGUGAUGCUGGUGCUUCAGGAACAUGUGCUCUCAAUUGAUGUUUUAUAGAAUAACUUUUCUUUUCUUGUAUUUAUAAGGAUUUAUCUAACUUAAAUGGAGGCUAUUUUUAUAAAAAGUGUUUUUUUUUUUCUUUUU